AUGAAAUCUCAAGACAGCACGGUUGCCGAGGGGGCAGAUUCUCAUCAAGAGGGACACCGCAACACUGACCAUCCAGGAGGGGCUGCUGGCGCAGGAUUCGAGAGUGACUCUGAAGGGCCGGCGCCGUUGACGGAAAAGAAUUCACAUGACACUGGUGCGAGGCGAGAUCUAGACAUAUCAACUAUCGAUGAGGAAAGAGAACCGCCGCUUUACGAUGAAAAGGCGCUUCCGCUGGCAGGAAAUGGACUGUUAUUCCAGGCCAUAACUAGAGAUCAGGAUGGAAAUUCGGUUCGUGUGACCCGUACAAGGUCGCUACGGUCUUCUCCGCCUGCAGACUCAGAGAACCUCACCCGGCUAGGUUCUCGUAUGUCAACAGACCCAGAUGGCAAUGUAUAUCCCGAGGGUGGAUUGGAGGCAUACUUGGUGGUAUUUGGAUGUUUCCUCUGCCUCUUUGGCUCCUUUGGACUGGUAAACACGAUAGGGACCUUCCAGGCUUAUCUGAGUGAGAACCAGCUCAAGGAGUACAACCAGAGCACCAUAUCAUGGAUAUUCGGUGUUUUUUCCUUCCUCAUCUUCUUCGGAGGCCUUCAGAUUGGCCCUAUCUUUGAUGCAAAGGGACCAAAGGGGCUUGUCCUCGUCGGUUCAGUCCUUAUCAUUGGAAGCCUGAUUGCGCUUGGGUUCUGCACUGAGUAUUGGCAAAUAAUGGUUGUCUUCGGUGUUGUCUGUGCAGCUGGCACGUCGAUGGUGUUCACACCAGCAGUGGCUAAUCCUGGCCAUUACUUCUUCCGCCUUCGAGGCCGAGCAACUGGAUUGGCCGCAACAGGUGGAAGUGUAGGAGGUAUUGUCUUUCCCUUGGUGCUAGAUGUCCUUUUCACAAAGAUUGGAUUCGCCUGGUCUACUCGCGUAUUGGCCUUGAUAUGCUUUGUUAGCCUUGGUGCUGGCCUGAUGCUAGUCAAAUCACGAUUACCCAGACAACGGGCUACCAUGGAGAAUAUCAUGCCUGACCUUCGUAUCCUCCUCGAGCCCGUUUUUGCAUGCACCACGCUCGGUAUUUUCUGUAUAGAAUGGGGUCUUUUUGUGCCUCUUACAUAUAUAUCCUCAUAUGCUAUCCAUCACGGCAUACCAAAGGGUCUAUCCUACCAGCUUUUGGCCAUCCUUAAUGUAGGAUCUUUCUUCGGCCGCUGGGUGCCCGGAUACAUAUCCGAUUAUACCGGGCGAUUCAACACCAUGAUUAUCACUGUGCUCAUGUGUCUGCUCUCCGUGUCCUGUCUCUGGCUUCCGGCCAAUGGGAACACUGCAAUGACGAUAGCAUUCGCUUUCAUCUUCGGCUUCUCAAGUGGUAGUAACAUUGGUCUAACGCCAGUGUGUGUGGGCCAGACAUGCAAGACAGAGAACUAUGGACGGUAUUAUGCCACGGCAUACACUGUUGUAAGCUUUGGAUGCCUGACUGGUAUCCCCAUUGGAGGAUCGAUCUUGACCCGGAACGGCGGUGAAUACUGGGGCCUCAUUGCCUGGACAAGCUGCUGUUACUUUGGAGGCCUGGUAUUUUUCAUUGCAGCCCGGGUGCUUCGAGUCGGCUGGAGCCCGUUCAAAAUAGACUGA